AUGUUUCUUGUGCCUCGUGUUUUCAGUCUGGUAGCUCGGCCGGCUUCCAGAGGCUUUGCCCGCUCUGCCGUGCGCUCGUACGCGGCCGCUUUUGACCGUUCCAAGCCACAUUUGAACAUUGGUACCAUUGGCCACGUCGAUCACGGUAAGACCACUUUGACCGCUGCUAUCACCAAGACUUUGGCCCUCAAGGGUGGUGCUGACUUCUUGGACUAUGCUGCUAUCGACAAGGCUCCCGAAGAGAGAGCCCGUGGUAUCACCAUCUCCACUGCACACGUUGAAUACCAAACCGACAAAAGACACUACUCGCACGUCGACUGUCCUGGCCACGCCGAUUACAUCAAGAACAUGAUCACCGGUGCCGCCCAAAUGGACGGUGCUAUCAUUGUGGUCGCUGCCACCGACGGUCAGAUGCCUCAGACCAGAGAGCAUUUGCUGUUGGCUAGACAGGUUGGUGUUCAGGACAUUGUGGUUUUCGUCAACAAGGUCGACACCGUUGAUGACCCAGAAAUGUUGGAAUUGGUUGAAAUGGAAAUGAGAGAGCUUUUGACGCAGUACGGAUUCGACGGUGACAACACCCCAGUGGUGAUGGGAUCCGCCCUAUGUGCUUUGGAGGGGAAACAACCGGAAAUCGGCGAACAGGCCAUUAUGAAGCUUUUGGAGGCCGUUGACGAGCACAUCCCUACCCCACAGAGAGACUUGGAAAAGCCAUUUUUGAUGCCUGUGGAAGACAUUUUCUCGAUCUCCGGUAGAGGAACCGUCGUCACCGGCAGAGUCGAGAGAGGUAACUUCAAGAAGGGCGAGGAAGUCGAGAUUGUUGGCCACAACACCCAGCCUUUGAAGACCACUGUUACCGGUAUCGAGAUGUUCAGAAAGGAGUUGGACAAGGCCAUGGCCGGAGACAACGCCGGUAUUCUACUGCGUGGUGUGAGAAGAGACCAAUUGAAGAGAGGUAUGGUUUUGGCCAAGCCCGGCACCGUCAAGGCGCACACUAAGUUCUUGGCCUCUUUGUACAUCUUGUCCAAGGAAGAAGGUGGCAGACACUCUGGUUUCGGCGAAAACUACAGACCCCAGAUGUUUGUGCGUACCGCCGAUGUCACCGUCGUGCUCAAGUUCCCUGAGGCUGUGGAGGACCACUCUAUGCAGGUCAUGCCUGGUGACAACAUUGAAAUGGAGUGUGAAUUGGUCCACCCAACCCCACUCGAGGCUGGUCAACGUUUCAACAUCAGAGAGGGUGGCAAGACCGUCGGUACCGGUUUGGUAACUCGUAUCAUUGAGUAG